UGUCGUCAUCUUGUUGCUAGGUGCGCUUAGCGUCCUCUGUGUGGACGGUUGCUAGCUAAUGUUAAGGUUGUUGAUUUCUUAUUAUAAGCUACAAUAAAUUGAGAAGUAAUGAAGUAUAUACACUUUAAAUAUAAGUAACGUCUUUAAUCAAACCUUUAAGCGCAUUCUUAUCGAGCAAAGAUGUCCGAACGAGACUGUAACCUGUGUUUUGAUAGUUCAAAUGAAUUUCAAUCUGAGCUGAGGUUCCAUAUAACGGCCGAUAUUUUGACAUCUGUGGUCCUCGCAUGAGUACAACUGACACGGCCAAGAUGGGAGACAUCUUGGCAACUGAAGCUGAUCUCCUUGGGAUGAUUACAGAGUACCUUAAGUUUGGGGAAUUUGAGGAAACGGUUCAGAUUUUUGACAAAGAAUGUAGAAGCAAGGGCAAACUUGUGUCCAAACCUCGAGGAAGUGCUCUCAGAGACUCAAAGACUCGUGUCAUUCAGGAAGACCUUCUGAGCUCUUUUGAUGAUGGGGACCAAAAGGUUUUCUUUGAGCUGUGGAAAGAGAAUAUUCCUUCUGAGGUGAAAGAUUUGGAUUCUGAGGCCCAGGGCUUGGAGUUCUACCUUCAUGUCCACUUCACCAUCUUCCCACUGAGGAGCCAUCCAGUUAGACAAGACCGCACUGAAUUUGAAGAGAGGAUUUCCCUCUUCAAACAGUACCUUGAAACCCGGGGGGCAGCGUUAAGUCAAAACACAGAGUUUUUGCCCUUCUACGCUUUGCCUUUUGUUCCCUCCCCUGCAGUUCACCCUUCCUUCAAAGAUCUCUUUAAGGACACCUGGAUUCAACAGUUAAAGUCAAGGUUGGACAGAUUCCUGACAGUGACACUAAAACCGUCCAAGAUUCCAAGGCUGAUGACUUUAUAUAAGGAGGGUGGCAAAGCUACAAAAGACGUCAUACAGCAGCUACAGCUUCAGCUUGCUGAAUCAGACCGCCGCGUUAGCAGCUAUUUACGAAAGUUCAACAAGAUGCAGGCGGACUACCACAACCUGAUCGGAAUCACUGCUGAGCUGGUCGAUUCUUUGGAAGCCACAAUCAGUGGGAAAAUGAUCUCCCCCGAGUAUCUCCAGAGCGUGUAUGCUCGCCUUUUCAACAAUCAGAUGAGGCAGAGUGGUGAUUUCACAAGGCCUGGAACAGGAUAUUACUCUAUGAGUCCAUAUGAUGAUGGCUAUGCCUCUUCUAUGCUACGAGCAUCCAUUGCACCUCCGAGACCAAAGGAAGUGCCAAUGUUGCCCUCUUUAGACUAUGAGAAGCUAAAGAAAGACCUGAUUGACGGUUCAGACAGACUGAAGUCUCUUUUGCUUCAAGCACUGCGAUGGCGACUGACUCGCUCUCUGCCUGGUGAACAACGAGAAACUGUGCUGCAGGCCUACAUCAGCAACGACCUGCUGGGACGCUACAGUACACAGCAGAAAACUGCUCUUCUUUUAAUGAGAUCACCAAAUGAGAUUGUCCGUCAGUACAUGGCUCGACUCAUCAACUCAUUUGCUUCCCUUGCAGAGGGGCGCGUUUACCUCUCCCAAAUUCCCAUUUUACUGAAACUGCUGAUGGAUUCUCUAAGGAAGGAGGAAAAAGAUUCUCUAACGAGGGAAAACGUGCUGGUGUCUCUUCAGAAACUUAGCCUCCGAAGAAGCCAGCAGACGGUCAUGAUAGCAGACGAUCUGAUUGGCUGGCUUAUAGAUGAGCUGCAGGACUCCGACUGCCUCAGUGACUACACCCUGGACUACUCUGCCGCCCUGCUUAUGAACUUGUGUCUGCGGACAAAAGGAAAAAAGAAGUGCGCCGAAAACGCUAAACUUGUGCUAAAAGUUCUGACUGACCUCCUGGGACAUGAGAACCACGAGAUUCGGCCAUAUGUAAACGGAGCCUUGUACAGCAUCUUAUCUAUUCCCUCCGUGCGACAGGAAGCCAAAGAGAUGAGCGUUGAAGAGAUUCUUCGCUGCUACAACAAAGAGAAGAACCAGGACCUCAACAGACAAAUAGAGUUCAUCAUUAAACAGCUGAACUCAGAUGAGGAAGAGGGGCCAGAGUCAGAUGAUGAAGAUGAAGAGGAUGACAAUGACGAAGAUUUACUGGAGACAGAUCUUAACAGGGAGGAAGUUCUUCAACCAGAGCAUGGGGAACUGUCUGGAGAAAGUCUGUUGACCACUGAGUACCUGGGGAUUAUGACUAACAUGGCAAAAGCGAAAAGGAGAUCUACCCCCUUACCACAGCCUCAUGUUGAUGGGCCUCUUCAGCGUCCUGUGACCCCAAGUUCUCACCGUAAUCUAACCACAAGUGACUUUAGAGCCGCCAGUCAAGGACCUGACUUUAUCCCGGAAUUCCCCCAGAAGAGCGAGGAGAGGAGCCUUCCUCCUUCCCAGUACAACUCCCGGCCUCCAACUCGCUCUGGCAGUCGCCCAAGCACUGACAACUCCUUACGUCACAGCAUAGAUUCUGAGUUCUUUCAAGACCCAGAUCUAGAUGGGAGGCACAAACACAGAGCCGUGAAAGAAUAUUCCCAUGCAGAACACAAUGGACACGGCAGUGGUGGUUUCAUGACUGCGUUUGCAAGCAAGCCCAAAAUUCCACGUACACCUGACACCCUUCUCAGCCCCGGCAGCGCUCAACAAGAUCGCCGUCUGGCCUUGCAACCCAAGUUUUCACAAUCAGAACCACAGCAGAGCAGCAGACCCAGCUCUGCCAGCUUUGCAGACAGGAGAUGAAGAGGGAGCUGUCACCAUGGAGUUGCAUUAUCUCCCCAGGAUCACCGGGCUUCCUGUAACAUCAUCCCCCCAGGUUAUGAUCAGGGUCAGGCCUGCAGAUUGUUAAUGAUCAGCAGUGGGCAGCAAGGGGAGGAUGAGGACUGGGUGGAACAAUGUGUAGGAUUGUAGGUCUGCAUUUUUCCCUCUUUGGCCUCAGCACAGUCUACUUUGUAACAUAAUAGGAAGGCAGGCAAUAAUCACCACCCCCAGUCAGGCAGACCCGUGCACCUCCGAGCAUUUACAUUUUCAAAGCGUCUCUCAUAAGGUGGCAGACAAAACACUAAAAUAUCACUAAAUGUAUGUCCAACAAAAUAAAAUUUGUGUUACAGCUGAAUUGAAGGAAUGAUAUGUAAUUUAUUGCCAUAAAAAAGAAGUUUGACUUGAAGAUUUUUGUCUUUUCUAUAAUUUUGCUAAAAAUAUAUGAAUGUGCAGAUCUGCUAUUCUGUGAUUAUUUGGUUUAAUUUAAAAAUAUAUGACGUUUUGUAUUGUACAGACAUGUUGGAGAAUAGUUUAGAUUAAAUGACAUUUUCACAAAAUCAAGUCACAUUUUUAUCCCUAACCUCCAAGAAAAAGUGUUACAUUUUCUUUUUUUUUUUUAUCUUUUUUGUCUGGCUGAAUCCAAAUUCUUCCCCUACCCCUACAUUUAGCCCUCCAAAUGGAGAGUUUUGGGAAAAUAGUGGCUAUAUCUAUAUUUCCUCCUAACUAUUAAAAAACUAUAUAGUGCAAGACUAAAUAGGACUAAAUUUUUAAAAGCAGUUUGGACACCGUGCUCACUAUUUUUUUUUCUAAAUGGCGGAAAUAACAUCACCAAUUUCACAAAUUGAAAAUCUAAUCAAUAUGAACAUUUCACAACAUCUAUUUAUGACUUUACUGUGUUCUAAUGAGGAAAAUGUGGGUAGUUUGUUUGGCGAAAAUUUUUUUUGCAAAUUUUUUUUGACCGCAAUGCAUUGUGGUCUAUAUUUGCAAAUGUGGUGAGCAUUGGUGCACAUUGGUUUUUCGCAAAUAUUUGGAAUUGUAGUCUUUGUCUGAGUUCCUCCCCUUCUCACUAUAUAGUGUGUUCGCCAUUUUGUAGUGCUGUUCAAAAUUUACAAUUCCAAAACUGAAUCCACUAGAAAUUUCCCAGAAGUCUCUGUGAAAAUCUAACAUGCAUCGAUGCUACAUUAGUGAAUAGAGACCCAAGCUCAUUGUGGUCGACCAAUUUAGCAAAAAAUCCAGUUUAAAUGGAAUUUCUUUAACAAACUAUUCACAUUUUCAUCAUCAGAACUCAGUGGAGUCACAAAUACAUGUUGUGAAAUAUUCGUAUUGAUUCGAACUUCACUUCAUGAAAUUGGGGAAGUCAUGUCUGGCAUUUAGAACAACAAACAAAAGUAGUAAGCAUGGUGUCCGAAUUGCUUUUAAAAUCCAGGGCACUAUAUAGUGAGUAGGGAAGGAAGGCUAAACUCCAAAUCGAUGAUCAAUAGUCGCCGGUCAAAUUUACCCAGCCCCACUAUGGGGGUGCAGGUAGAAUAUUAGCCCUUUAAAUGAAUAGAAAACCAUGCUAUCAUCAUAUCAGUUCAUUAUGUUGAUUGCUCUUCCUGACACUUCCCACUACAUUUACUGAACAGGCACAAGCUGGGAUUGUGCCUAUUGAGGAUGAUUCUGUUUUUUUUCUUUUUCUUUUUGAUGUCUCCGUCCAAUUCUUACAAUAUUUUUUGUUUUGUUUUCUUUGAUUUCUUUAGUUUAUUAUGGAUUUUUUAGGUCCAUCAUUUCUGGGGCUCUUUUGUCCCCAAUUUCCAGCACCUAAAUUUGGUCUUGGUUUCACCACAAAAGGAAAAAAAAACUAAGAGAUAUUGUAAGUAAAAGAAAAUAGCUUUUUGUAUUGUGUAGUUGCACUGUUUCCUGAUGUGGUGAUUUGCAUUUCUGUUGUAACGGAUUUUAACUGUAACAUUUUGAUACAUGAUGCUUUUCGAGUGUCUUUUAAAUAAACGUGAUAUUUGCUGUACACUUAAA